AGUCUCGCGAGACUUGAGGCCCAAACCCUCGGCGUCCGUUCUCGUGCGGUGUCUUCCCUUCCGGGCUGCAGGCGCUGCCAUGGCGGCGCUGGGCUGUGAGGAGGCGCGGGCGGUGGUCCCGGGGCUGGGUGCCGGCCCGCCUCACCCCGGUGUCCCGCCUCACCCCGGUGUCCCGCCUGGCGUCCCUCCUGGCGUCCCUCCUCACCCCGGCGUGGCGCGGCGGCGGGGCCGGACGCUGCUGGUGCGGCACCUGCCCGCCGAGCUGAGCGCGGCGGAGAAGGAGGAUCUGCUGAAGCACUUCGGGGCGGUGUCUGUGCGCGUCCUGUCGGACCACGGGCGGCUGAAACAUACUGCUUUUGCUGCUUUCCCCAGUGAAAAUGCAGCUAUGAAGGCUUUGUCAAGACUGCAUCAGCUGAAACUUUUAGGUCACACCUUAGUUGUUGAAUUUGCAAAGGAGCAAGAUAGUGUGCAGGUACUUAGCCAGCCUUCUGUCUCAGAGAAGUGUAAAAGUUCAGAAGAACAAGUGAAAGAAGAAGAGAAAAAAGAACCAAGCUGUGUUAAAAUAGAGAAUGGAAUUGCACCUGAACACGGCCUCAGCUUUCCCAUCAAUUCUUGCCUCAAAUAUUUGUAUCCGCCACCUUCAAGUACAGUUCUAGCAAAUAUAGCAAAUGCCUUGGCAAGCGUGCCCAAAUUUUACGUCCAGGUACUUCAUCUUAUGAAUAAAAUGAAUCUUCCUCCACCUUUUGGACCAAUUACUGCUCGUCCUCCCAUGUAUGAAGAGUAUUUACCAGCACCUGUGCCACCUCCCCCAAUCCCACCUCUUCCUCCUGAAGAGCCUCCUUUGCCUGAAGAGGAAGAGCAGCAAUCUAGUGGAGAUGAAUCAGAAUAUGAAAGUGAUAAUGAGGAGGAAAAGGAGAGAAUGACCAAGUUGAUGGAAUUAGCGACCCUUCAGCCUAAAAGACCAAUAAGCACAAAGAGACGUGGUGUUAGAAAAAAACAAAGAAUUAAAGACUUACUGAAUGUUCCCGUGUGUACUCCUCACAGUAGUUUGCACCCUACACUGUCACCUUCAGAUGUCUUUGAGCAGCCACAGCAUGUAGGUCAUAAAAAAAUCGAGUUCCAUAUUCAUACUGACAUCCCAGCUGUUCUUCAGAUAAACUCAGAAAAAGAAAAAAAUAAUGACCUUUAUUCAACCACAGAAGAAUUCAAUAAUACAGGCUUUGGAAGGAUUUUCCCAGCUCCUAGUUCAAAUGAUAAAAUGGAAACUGAAGAGGAGGAGGAUGAAAUACCAUCAGAAUUUAUUUCUAGAAGGGAUCUAGAAAAAAACAGACUGUCUAGCGAAGAAAUGGAAAAAUUUUCUGUUUUCAAAAACUAUGAGCCAGGUGAUCCAAAUUGCAGGAUAUAUGUGAAGAAUUUAGCUAAGCAAGUUCAAGAAAAGGAUCUCAAAUUCAUUUUUGGAAGAUACGUUGACUUCCAGUCAGAAGUGGAACGAAAUAUGUUUGAUAUACGUUUGAUGAAAGAAGGCCGUAUGAAGGGACAGGCUUUCAUUGGACUUCCUAAUGAAAAAGCAGCUGCUAAAGCUUUAAACGAAGCAAAUGGAUAUGUCUUAUUUGAAAAACCCAUGGUGGUUCAAUUUGCUCGUUCAGCUAGACCAAAACAGGAUGCCAGUGAAGGGAAAAGAAAAAAGUAGAGCACUCCACAAGAAACAUUCCUGCCUAAAUACUGCAGUAAUACUGUCAUGCAGAGUGUAUCCUUUCUUGUUGUAUCCUUUUUUUGUACAAUGUUUCCUGUAGCACUCAACUACAUCUAAGUUUUGGUGUAGAGUAGGUGUGGGGAAUUUACAUGUUUUAGUGCCUGAACUAAUCUGGUGACUUUAAAAGCAAAGGGCACUUUGUCUGGGGAAAAAGAAAAAUCACUGAGUUGUCUGUCUUGAGUGAAUAAAUACAAUAGAGGUUCUUAGUCUUAAAAGGUGGCCUCUACCUUCUUCCUCAAAGGUCAUGUAACUUCCUAAUUUGCUCCACUGCAUUAGCUUGUAUGAGGUAAUGUUCCACUAAUGUGUGUGGAGCUGUGCUGAGCUCACACUGAGGAUGUUGUCUUGUCUUCAAAUAUAAUAAUAAUAUAUUGGUUAAAAAUGUUGCAGAGCAGUUCUUCAUCAUAUGAGAGAGUUGAACAGUAUUUUAGGUCAUUUGAUGAUUACUGUUGUCCUGAUAUAUGAGAAACAAUCUGUAGUUGACUUAGUUUGUACAUUCCUUACUUUUUCGUUUUUGAGUAGAGAAGAAAAUCUAACAAUAUGUCACAAUGAAGUAUUUGGAAUGGAAAUAUUAAUCAACUAUUAAUCACUGCUACCUUUCACCUUUUUGUUUUUUAUUUUUUUAAUUGUUCUCUGCACUGAGGUAGUGUUGUUGCCAGUGACUUAUAUUUUCUUGUGUUUCACAUUACAUUAUUGUUUAAUUUACUGUAAUAUAAAAUUAAUACAGCCUGCAUCUAUUAAGUCGGAUUUUGUUCAGACACUCAACGCUUUUUUAAAUACUAAGCAUCUUUCAAUUUAGUUGUUAAGAGAAAGCAUAACACUACUAUUUUCCUGCUCAUUCUUACUUUUAACAUGCCUUUGUGAUGUUCCAGGUCCCUUUUGUGUUCCAUCUCUUUCAAGUAUUACCAAGCUGGGGGAAGAAGCAGUGUAAUCUUCAGGACUUUUGAACUGUGCGUAGUAGCAUUUCUAAAAUGUUUAAGGCAGAGUAUAAAUUUUCUCAUCAUAAAGAUUCCAGUUAUCUUUAAGCUGUCACAAGAUUUACAAGACAAAUGAAUGUUAGUUUGCUUGUGAAAUUUUUAAUAAAUUAUUUCCUUUCUCUUCA